UACAUCAUUUGCAAAAAGUAAAAAAACAAAACAACGAAUUAAUACAAAAUAUAUUACUAGAUUGAAAGUACAUAAUAUGUCAAAGCAUCCAGAAAAAUAUUUGCUCCAGAUGUGCUAUCGUUUUACUGAAAAUUGGAAUUUUGUAUCAUUUUCCAGCGCUGAUCGGACGGGCAGCGCUGGAAAAAAACGUUAUUUUUUUUUAAAUGCUGCCCCCAAUCGACAGAAUUUAGUUAGUUCACACUGUGUUCGGAAUGGGUCACGCAUCCGUGAACGGGCGCAGGGUCGCGAGUCAGCUAGUCUGGCUUCCGGACGUUACUCACCUAAAUUUGCUCACUCGGGUAUCGCGGAACCAGAUCAAAUAAAGCCAGCACGAUUCAUCACGCGACGUGCACGGACAUUUAACGUCAGCAAUUGCGAGAGCGGGGAGCGAUCCCACCACAACCUAUCCGUACGUACUCCAUGAUGGACGAGGAGGGCCAACCACCACGAAAACGUCGGAUAGGCUCUGGAGGACGGAGAAUACUGUCCCCUGAAACGAAGCGACGGAAUGAAAUUGCAACUCGGUUGAAGUACCGGGCACUAAACCGAUCGGCAAUCAAGUCUCGCCAUCGGGCAGAAGUGGUGGUAAAGCUGUCGGCCGCGGUCAGUCGGCGAUGGAUCGCGCUGCAGGAUCGGCUUGAAUGUGCCGACAAAAAUGCGCUGGCUACGCUCCUCAUGGACAGUUAUGAAGCGCACGAGUCACGAAACACUCAAUCAGAAUUGCCAGGACCCUCAGGAGUGCAGCUUCUUACAUCGACCCCCACACAAGGUUCAUCUAGUCUUGCACUAAGGUAUGUCGCCAAAUGGUCCAAACGUUCCAAAGACUACGUGGCCAUGAAGGAUCGCGUGGACAAGACAUAUGCCUACAUACCAGGUAUGAUGGCAGCAAUCUUGGAGAUGCGUUUUGAAGACCAUCAACCCCUGAACGUCCGGCCAGUCAUGAGGAUGGAUGAUCCACGCCGCAUUGCACCAAGACUGGCCCCCAAGGCACCUCCUACUACUGCGUCCAUUCUGCAGAGACGCGGCAUCAGCAGAUUUGGAGUCCCAGAAAACGAACAACAGUAACUAGGAUAUACAUAAUGUACAAUAGGAAAGGACAGUUUUGGGGAGUUUGAAUAAAGUAAUAUUUUUGUGUGUGUGGGGACUAUUACCAUACCUCAUACAUAAUUCAAGAGAGCCGAACUCUCACUGGUCCAUGACCCUUACCUCCUAAAUGCUGUUUUUACUGUUUACAAAGCAUGUGCACAUUCACCAACAUGGUAAAUACGCAUGCGCUUUACAAAGCAAUCGUGCAACUGUCGUGUACAUUAAAGAUAUCUCCUCCACUUAAAAAAAACAAUUCCACAAUGCUGUAGAAACUCUAGGAGUUACUGUAUUGCCAAAAGUGGUUAAUUUUUGUGAGGUUGAACAAUAUUCUUUUGACGAGUUUGACAACUUUCUCUGGAAGUAUUAUGCAUAAGCUUACGAGGUGCAUGUACUGCAACGGAAGCUUGUAUUAGAUGUAGUAAUGCAAAAUGUUUUGGUAUAUUUCGGGCGGAUAGACAAGGUUACAUCCCCGAGGUAUUGUAAGUUGCCGCAAUAGUUCCAAAGGAAAAACUGCCAACUUGCCCUUUCCAUAAAACUUGGAGAAAGGUUCGUGUAAGUUUGCAAAAAGAUUUCAAAAGUGAAAGCCUACCCCUGCCCUCCCCCCUAAAAAAAACAAAGUAAAUGUCUUGCGUCUUAUCUGAUGAUACACCCAAUGUGAGGGUCAAGGGACUAGUUGUUCUCGAAGAAAUUUAUUUUUUUGCUCAAAUACAGACCAUCACAAAGCUUAAAAUUGAUGAAGGGAUUUGUUUCUGUGAUUAAAUGUAUACAUGUACAAUCUCUCUGUUACCUACACCGAAAUUUGCUUAUAAAAUGCAUAUAUGUUUGAUACAUACAUGGCUGAUCAUGUCUGACAAUGAUGUCUGAUGUCAGUACAUGUACUUGUACAGGUCGGGAUUAGGCCCCCCAAAAAAGUCUCCGGUUUCUGCUAUUCGCGUGGGUCGCUGUAGCAAUGCGCGUCGGCAAAAUGAAAAAAAAAAAUUCCAAUAAAUGAUGACGUCUCAAAACCGCCAAACUCACUGGU